CAGUAAUAGAUUUUUCAUUUCUUACUUAUAUAAUGUAACUAUUUGCUUGUAAUAAGGAAAAGGUGUAACAAAAACCAAAAAUGUUUCCGAAUGUACUACUUGCAAUAACUACCGCGGUCGCAGGCGCCGGUGCGGCGCCCAUGCACCGUGGCAUGAAAAACGACCCUCUGGUGUUUAUCUCAAACCCUAUAGAAUCCGAGUUUCCUGGACACUGGAUCCCUGAGAGUAUCCUCAAAAGAAUUUUAAAUAGACCAAAUAAUCCAUCUACAAAACAACCGUUGAAAGCUACAAAACAACGAUUGAGAGCUACAAAAUCUAUUAUCCGACCCAGAACUAAUACGGGUCCUAAAAAACCAACAACUAAGGAACCUACAACUGAAAUAGAAACAAUCACUCCCAAAACAACAACGUCAACACCAACCCCAACAACAGCGACUACAACACCAGCAACCACUCCAACCACGUCAUCACCAACAACAACAACGACAGAACCAGCAACAACAACAACGACAGAACCAGCAACAACAACACCAGAACCAUCGACAACCGAACCAACAACAACAGAACCAACUACAACAGAACCCACAACAACAGAACCAACAACAACAGAACCAACAACAACAGAACCAAAAACAACAGAACCAACGACAUCAGAACUAACUACAAAAACUGAAACAACAACAACAACAGAACCAAAACCAACAAAACAUAAAAGAUCAAAAACAACAACAACACAGGACCUGUUGAAUACCGCUGGUAACAAUUUAAUUGGAUAAAGUCAAUAAAAACCUGAUGUUCGUAUCAUAA